CGUUCAGUUCUGCUUUCGACCUUGCGCCCGCUCUAUCGUUGUUUUCAUUUUACACUCAACGACGACGGUUGUUCGACUCCCGCGCGAACGACGACUGCUUCAUCCUAGCGCAGCGCACAUUUUUUUUAGAGAAAGACAGUUUUUGGUCUCUCGUGUUCAACGACGACGUCUUUUUUGCUGUUUGUUAUAGUUGUUAUUUAUUGAAGUGUGACCGUGCUAUAUUGUUCUUGUUGAAGUUGUCUAUUUUUUCACGUGUCUGCGUGUGAGUUAUUGUGUUUUAUGCGGUGCCAACUUACCUGAGAACCGAAACAGGAGCAAAAGCAGAGCAGCAGCCAAAAAGGAUGAAAAAAACGGAGAAGGAAGGAAGGAAGGUGCUCAAAUAACAAAGUCAAACAAACCCAACCUCUGCACGACCGACCCGGACCGCCCGGCCCGCCAUUAGGCCGCAACGUCUCCACGCCCCAAAACAAAUCCAAGCCUCAAAACCAAAGGCAACAGCAACAGUAACAGUAACAAAAAAAAAACGUAACAGUAACGAGGCAAUUUUCGUUGGUGUCGCGCUGUUUCUCUGUGUAUCAUCAUCCCAUACUCGUGGGUCGUGUGUUGUUUUGCUCUCCGCCGCAUGUGGAGUUACAGUUACACUUACGUUUACAGUUACAGUUACAGCCUCAAGUAGUUGUUGUUGUCCCCCCCCCAUUCCACAAACAUACUCUUGUUGUUGCUGUGUGACAAUCGCCAAGGCAAAUAAACGGUAAUACGAGGAAGGAGUGAGAGAACGAGAUUGUGAGAGCGAAAGCAGAGGCGUACAUUGAGGGGAACUGCUCUGCUCCACUAAAUGCAUCCAAAAGCACGGGACGAUUAUGUCUCCACUUGAUACCAAAAAUAAACAAACAAAAUCAAUCAAUUAAUCAAUCUGAUUGAACAGAUUGCUCCACGCCCACUCAACCCAAAACAUACCUAUACACACACGCACACGCACACAAACCCAAACACAAACUCACACUCACGAGCGCUCACACACGAGUCAACGCCCACACGUCCACACCCAUUGAUUGGAGUGGCGGUGGUGGGAGGAAGGAGAGAAGAGCAAGCAAGCAAGCAAAAAAAAAGGAGCCAACAAAGUGAGAGUGGGAGAGAGCAACAACAACAACAACAACAACAACAAGAAUUGGAACAACAAGAACAAACAUGUUCAAUUCACUUGCUCUGAUGCUCGCCUGCUGCGCACUUGCCGCCCUCUGUCUCGCCCACAAGGAUGGAGGAUCGACUGCAGAUGGAACGGGAACAGCCACAGAACUGAGCUCAUCCUCAUCCCCAUCCCCAUCCUCAUCAUCAUCAUCAUCUCCCUCCCCAUCCGCAUCGCCAUCAAUGCCGUUUGCGACGGGACCUGGGAGCAGCACCAGCAAGCAAUUGAGCAGAUGCCGUCAAAGCUGCUAUCAGCAGUUUUCGAGGGACUGGCAUUAUUGUACGGAUUCCACUGAUUGCAGAAAUUGCUGGGAAAACUGUCAAAAGCAAUUGUCGCCCUUCGAGCUGAGGAUACACAGGGCCCAGCGACAGGGAGCACUCGUGCUCACCGACAUUGGCUGGGACGAGAUGAUAGCCAAUGCCUCGCGCCAGUGCCUGAUCACCUGGGAGGUGUCUGGGGGCGGUCUGAUAGGCAAUCUUCUGACGGACACCUCUCGUGCCGAGCUCUCCCUGUGGCCGGACACGGUCUACAAUAUACAGGUCACGUGUAAGCAUAAGCUUACUGGCAUGAUGCGACGCUCGAAGAAGCUCAAUGUGGACACGCGCCAGUUGGUGGGCACCACCACAGAGAGCAACACCUCCACAACAACAACAACGGAGCGUGGACAGCCAAAGAUGCAUGCCCAUCUGCAUCCCACGGACCGGGUGUACAUCAUCAGUGCUUUGCCAACAACGAGCCAACUGAGUGGCGUUGUCUAUCCGGCCUUUGGGGCGUUGGCCUUUUUCCUGUCGCUGUUGGUGAUGUUCCUGUUUUUGCGUCCGCAGCGCAAGCGUUUCCUUCUAGAUGCAGAUGCCACGGAAGCGGACACGGCCACGCUGAUCGGUGGACAUCGGAGUUCGUCGAGGAAUUCGCUGGACUCCUCGACGCUGCAUGUCUAAAGCCGAGGACGACGAGGAGUGCCGAAAAUUGACAACUUGUAGUCGUAUAUAGAAUUAUAUGUCUGACUAUGUGAUAUUCUGCACACACACACAUAAAAACCCCCGCAAAACCUGUAAAUACAACACUGCUAUAGGCCCCCAAGCAUUAUCUCAUGCAUUUAAUUAUAUCAAAACCAGAUCCAGAUACAAAUCAAGAGAUCGAAAGUCAAGCAAAGUGCUCGCUCAAUUAAGUUUAAGUUUUACCUUUUACCGUUUACCACUUACCACUUACCUUUCUUAGAUCCUAAUGCCAAAAUCAAGCGCAAGUCAUACGAGUAUAUAGUAUAUGCUGCUAAUAUAUAGAGUACAUCGUUCAUGCAUUCAAA